GCUCGUGAUUCUUUCUUGAACUUUCAUUGUCACAUUUACUUGACUUGAAUUUCUCUCUCUCUGAUUUGGAUUUGGCAUCUCAGUUUGUUCAAAGAAAAAGUAGUCCAUUACGACAGCAUGGAUCAAAAUCAGCAAGGUCAAGGGGUUAAUCAUCCAACACAAGCAGCACGUGGCAAGAACAAGUAUGAAUUCAACCCCAUGGUGGGACCUAGCAAUCCUCCAACUCAGAUUGUUGGUCCUUCUAACCUUUCACCCCACCCAAGAGAUGCUCCUGAAUACACCAACCAGUUGCAACAAGAUGUCUUACAACAACAACUCAACAACUUUUGGGCAAAACAAUGUCAGGAAAUUGGGGAGGCUACUAAUUUCAAGACUCCCAACAUGCCUUUGUCUAGGAUUAGGAAGAUCAUGAAGGCCGAUGAGGAUGUGAGGAUGAUAUCAGCUGAGACUCCUAUGGUGUUUGCUAAGGCAUGUGAAAUGUUCAUUCAGGAGCUCACAAUAAGGGCAUGGGCUAAUGCUGAGGAAAACAAAAAGAAGACACUUCAAAAGAGUGACAUUGCAUCUGCAAUCACAAAGAAUGAUAUGUUUGAUUUUCUUGUUGACAUUUUCCCCAGGGAUGACAAAUUGGAGCAUGCAGACAUACCAAGAAGAGGCACUGCUCCAAUUGAGAAUGUUCCUUACUAUUAUUACAUGUCACCCCAUCAGUAUGUUGCAAGGCCACCACACGGGGCUCCAGGAAUGGUCAUGGGAAGGCCCAUUCCUGAUCAGAAUCAAAAUGGGCUGCAAACCCGUCCUUUUUUUCCAACUCCAAUGAGGCCCACUUCGGAUGAAUGAGAAACAAGGACUUUCUUGUUUAUUUCCUUUUCCUAAUGGUAUGUUGGAGAGAAUGUACUAGUUCUGUAAUGAAUUCAAUCUAAAUGUAUGAAACUCUUUUCUGUGGCAUUUGAGAAUGAUAACUCCAAGGUUGUUUAUGGGAUUGAGACUCACAUCCAUUUCCAAUUAUCUCAGCCACAUUAUAAAUUGAUUGCCUAGACUGUG